AGUGUCUUGAAGUUUUCUAAUACAGCGUAAAGUAUGGUUGGGUCGCGUGUCUAUGUUGGCGGUCUGCCCUUCGGAGUUCGUGAGAGAGACUUGGAAAAAUUCUUCAAAGGUUUUGGCAGGAUCAGGGAUAUACUAAUCAAGAAUGGUUAUGGAUUUGUUGAAUUCGAAGAUUAUAGAGAUGCUGAUGAUGCAGUUUAUGAAUUAAAUGGAAAAGAAUUGCUUGGAGAAAGGGUCGUGGUGGAGCCGGCGAGGGGCAUCGACCGCAGCGCGGACCGCUACCGUCGCGACCGCUACUACGAGCGCGACCGCGGCCGGUCGAGAUACGAUGACUACAAUUAUAGAUACGGCCCGCCGACGCGCACGGAGUAUCGACUUAUCGUCGAAAAUCUAUCUAGCCGCAUUAGCUGGCAGGACUUAAAGGAUUAUAUGCGUCAAGCUGGCGAAGUAACAUAUGCUGAUGCUCACAAGCAACAUAGAAAUGAAGGUGUUGUCGAGUUCGCUACGCAUUCAGAUAUGCGCGCGGCUAUAGAAAAGCUGGACGGUACGGAACUGAACGGACGGCGCAUACGACUCGUUGAAGAUCGCCGCUCUUCGCGACGCCGCACGCGAUCUUCCUCGAGUCGCUCGCGCUCUCGCAGUCGUGAGAGACGCCGCUCCAGGUCUCGUUCUCGCCACUCUUCCCGAUCAAGAUCGAAGUCUCGCCCAAAGAGCAAGAGUCCCGCAGCUAAGUCUCGCUCUAGGUCCAGAUCUAAGGAUCGCAGCCGUUCGAGAUCAGCGUCCCAUAAGUCCGAGCGUCGCUCUGAGUCUCGCCAGUCGCGUGAACGCUCUGCCUCACACAAAUCACCCGACCGCAAUGGAAGGCAAUCGGCGUCCCGCUCAAAGUCCCGUUCAAAAUCCCGUUCACCGAUACACGACUCCAAGGAGAGAUCUCGUUCUCGAAGCAAGGAUGCGGCGUCGCCUAAGGGUGAAGAGGAGCGUCGCGAGAGCAAGUCCCGCUCGCGAUCGCGUUCACGUUCGGGUUCGCGCGAACGCUCCGUAUCGCGAGAGCAUUCGCGUUCACGCUCGCGUUCACGUUCACGUUCAGGCUCGCCUCGCCAGAACGGGGACGCGCCCGACCGCGCCAGCGCCGACCGCUCCCCUCGCAGUGGUGACUAACCUACAUCACACACUUCUAUAUUUACUUCGUGCGUUACGUCUAGUUUUGUGAUCUCGCGGCUCGAUUUUCUUUUUAUAUGGUUUAGUUCAGUGGUUCUUAACUAGUGCUCCGUGAAAUAGACACUAGAUAAGAUAGACUAGUCAGAUUUACUCACACACAGAGGCAUUUCUCACUAGCCUGUAACUAAAUACACUAAAUUUUAUUCAAAUAAUAGUUAUUGGACCAUGGCAAAAUAAUAAAUUUUUGGAAAUAUGCCCUUGUCACCAAAAGGUUAACAUGUUGAACGUUAUGGGGGACACCAGUUGGUCCUCGCUUGUUUAGUCCAUGGGGGCCUAAAAAGUCCUUAUUUAUAAAAAAAAGUAUGAUGUUUUUAUUGCACUACCAUACCCGUUCUUAAAGAUCUUACUUAUUUUUCCUUACACUAUCUAUAUGACAUAUUAUUCUACGUCAUAUUUUUUAAGUUGACUGGUUCGCGGUCAUGUGGUGUUCCCCGCGGCACCAACGGAACAACUGUGUGUUGACUACAUGGUAUAAUGGCAUGGCCCAAAUAGAACUAAAAAAAUCAAGGCGGCGUUUAACGUAUUAAGAACCACUGGUAUAGUUAUUGGAUCGCGGUACUACUAAAUAUUGAAUUCGUUUCAAAGCGCGUUUAAAGAUUUGUUUGAGAAAAUUUACAGACCGAUUGUGGAAAUGUGAAUGUGGGCUUGUGAAUGUUGUUAAUGCGUAUUUUAAGUGAGCCAUGUUGAGAAUGAAUUCAGUUUUAUGUUUAAAAAUGCCUUUGAUUACGUCAGAAAAUCCUUUUAUUCAAUGUGCAAUUAUUAUUUACCUGUCGGUAAAGUUUGUAAACGAAGAGAUAAUUUAAUAUAAUGUUUUUAUAAGAAAAAUUUAAAAUUGGCCACUUGAUCCUAAAAUAGUACAUUUACCUUUUAUUUAGGUAAGUAGUAUUAAUUUUCAAUGACACCCUUUUCAAAUAGGUUAAGGUAUUUUGUAAAUACUGUAUUGUUUAUAAGGCACCAAAAAUAAAUAAGAUUAAAUUA